CACAACUCCUUACAGGGACCUGAUACUGGAGUAAAUGCUCCUCCAAUUUCUCACAAUAGCAGCAGCAAGGGUCCUGUAAUUGGAGCCCUGACUGGAGGGAUUGCUCUGUUGUGUCUCAUUCUUGCUCUAUUUUGUUUUAUUUAUCGGUGCCGUGGUAGGUCAUCAGGUGGUAGCUACGUCUCAUCUGCAACUUCCAGUUUGUGCAGGCAUUUCAAAUUUGCUGAGAUACAGGAGGCUACUAAACAAUUUGAUGAGUCUCGAAUUCUUGGUGUUGGAGGUUUUGGUAAAGUUUAUGAAGGUGAGAUUGAUGGUGGUAUCAAAGUUGCAAUUAAGCGAGGGAGCCCAUUAGCAGGACAAGGCAUGCACGAAUUUCGAACAGAAAUAGAAUUGCUUUCUAAACUCAGGCACCGGCAUUUGGUUUCUCUUAUUGGUUAUUGCGAAGAAAAUUGUGAGAUGGUUUUAGUUUAUGAUUAUAUGGCCAAGGGAACACUAAGAAGACAUAUAUAUGGAAAUGACAAUUUGAUUCCUUUAUCCUUGAAAGAGCGACUAGAGAUCUGUAUUGGAGCUGCACGGGGUCUUCAUUAUCUUCACACAGGGGCUGCUCAGUCAAUUAUACACGGAGACGUAAAGACAACAAACAUACUUCUUGAUGAAAACUUAGUUGCAAAACUCUCAGAUUUUGGAUUAUCGAAAAUUGGACCAACUCUUGAUCAUAGCCACAUUAGCACUGCAGUCAAAGGCAGCUUCGGAUAUCUGGACCCAGAAUAUAGUCGCACGCAGCAGCUCACUGUGAAAUCAGAUGUUUAUUCAUUUGGUGUGGUGUUGUCUGAGGUAUUGUGUGCACAACCUGCCACUAGCCAAGAAGAGGGCCUUGCUAAUUGGGCUUUGGAUUAUCACAGAAAGGGAAUGCUGGAGCAUAUCAUAGAUCCUCAUCUGAAAGGUGAAAUUAAUCCCGAGUCUCUUAAGACGUACGGAGAGGUUGCUGAGAAAUGCCUUGCUGAGAAACGUGUUGACAGGCCAGCUAUGGGAGAUGUACUUUGGAAUUUAGAAUAUGCUUUGAAGCUGCAAGAGACUGCAAUGGCAAAUAAACCAGUCGAUGACAGUAGUAGUAGUCACAUAAACAACUCAGCUACUUAUGCUGUUGGAGAUAACAGCACUUCAACAGGCACAGCGAGCCAUAGUUUGGCUAGUGUUAAUUUGGAUGGUGUAUCUCUAAGAGCUCUUUUUUCAGAACAGGUUUGCAGUGAAUCAGGGAAUUGAAGUUUUCAGAUCCUUGAUUUUUACAAUUAUUGCAUAUAUUAGAAGCAACUGCAAAUUGUUGUUAUUCACUUUAAACUGUCUUUACGGGUACCAUUUGCUAAAUUCAAUUUAGAUUUUUUCUGUAUUCUGGGUCUGUUUUGGACAUCUGUCUUGUGACAAGGCAAUCUUUAAUUCUUCAAAGAUCUGGAAUUUUCCAGUUUGAGGAAAAGCAAACCUCUACUGGUAAGGAAGUAGACAUUUUCAAAAAACACAGCUCAAAAGUGAUUCAAAUUUUUUGAGUAUAUAUACAGCUAGAGGUUGUUGAAGUCUUAUAAUUCCUUGCCUCGAUUUAGUGAUUGAUUGUACCUCUCGAAUAUUUUAUUCUUCUCUGUAUAGUGUAUUGCCCGUAUGAUUAUAGUUGGAGACUAAGUUGGUCUCUCACUUGCUUCUAAUGUUUGUCUAUAUAAUAGUGUUCCAACAUUACUAAAAUGUUACUGUUAUGAAAAUUAAUGUUCAUGGCUAGAUACUUUGAUAUAUUCUGAUCAAUCUUUUUCGUCGAUGAUAAUAUUUCAGCUACUUUUUCAGGUAGUUUUCAUUUGUUGUUGGAGUGUUUUAUUAUUGAGUUAAUGAUUUUUAUAGGACCACUUUGUCUUUAAUCUAGGCUUGACUUAUUAUCUUAACCAUUCUAAGACUGUUUGAGGCUCUUAAUCUGACCUGACUCUGAUACAUAUGUAGAUUUUGGAAAACAGACAAGA